GGAGGGAGGUAAAGCGGAACGCAGCUCAGUUGUUGGAGAGUGAAUUUGCCGUAAAUUGACCAUUUCAUUAACGUUGACAGCAAAGGUAAAGCGCUGACCCUUUGUCUCAGUAAUACACAGAUUAGACAGAUUGACUCCGGCUCCUUAUUCCGUUAUAAAAUGAAGACAAAGUUCCCAUGCGGCGAGGAGCAACCCAGCUCCCUGGAACUGCUCAUUAGUACAGCCGGGGGUCUCAUGACUGCGCAGCGGGGCGUGGUGGAGCCGGAAGUGGUCGGUGUAGUUGAGAAACAAGAGGACGCACCGGAGCCCAAAACCAGGCGCAAAGCGUUCCGCUGGUGUAAGGAAUUCCUUCCCGGGGCGUGGAGGCUUCUGGAGGAGGAGCGCUUCCAGAUCUCUGUUAUACGGGGCGGACUUAGCAAUAUGCUUUAUCUCUGCUCAUUACCUGAAGAUGAAAAAUCUUUGUCCAAUGAACCAAGGAGUGUACUGCUUAGGAUAUAUGGCGCCAUUCUACAGAUGUCUUGUAACAAAGGUGACAGUCAAGAGACUCAGAGGCAGAACUUUUUCCAGGGUGCAGAGGCCAUGGUAAUGGAGAGUGUAAUGUUUGCCAUCUUGGCUGAGAGAUCUCUUGGUCCCAAGCUGUAUGGAAUCUUUCCACAAGGACGCCUUGAGCAAUUCAUCCCAAGUAGGAAGCUGGAAACUAAUGAACUGACCCUUCCUGACUUAUCUGCUGAAAUAGCUGAAAAAAUGGCUCGUUUUCAUGGUAUGAACAUGCCGUUCAACAAGGAACCAAAGUGGCUUUUCGGCACAAUGGAAAAGUAUCUGCAGCAGGUGCUGAAGAUUAAAUUCACAAGGGAAUCCCAUGCCCGCAAACUGAAUAAAAUUUUGGGUUAUGAUCUGCCCAAGGAAAUGAGGAACCUGAGAUGUCUGCUGGAAGCCACUUCUUCACCUGUUGUGUUUUGUCACAAUGACUGUCAAGAAGGUAACAUCCUUCUGUUGGAUGGAAGGGAGAAUUCAGAAAAACAGAAACUCAUGCUCAUAGACUUUGAAUACAGCAGCUACAAUUACAGGGGAUUUGAUAUCGGGAACCAUUUCUGUGAAUGGAUGUAUGAUUAUACAUAUGAAAAGUUUCCCUUCUUUAAAGCAACCUUUUCCAGAUAUCCAACAAGGAAACAACAGAUUCACUUUGUUAACAGUUACUUGACAGAGUUUCUCCCUGGGUUUGAAAACAUUAGCAAUGAAGAGCGGAGCAAAUUGGAGAAUGAAUUGUUAAUCGAAAUUAACAGAUUUGCUCUUGCAUCUCACUUUUUCUGGGGUCUUUGGUCCAUUGUUCAAGCUAAAAUAUCCUCAAUUGAAUUUGGAUAUAUGGAGUAUGCAAUGGCAAGAUUUGAUGCUUAUUUCCAACAGAAGAGAAAAUUAGGUCUGUAAUGUGUUCAAGUGGAGACGCAUCCAUCUUUACGAUAUGGCCUUGCAACACCAUUAGGUGUGUCUCAAUGAAAUGUGAUAUUUUUUACACGCUGCGAAUUGUGUAAGCUACUCUGGAAUCGUUGGGGCUUCAGUCACCCUGUAGCCAAUGAGAACUAGAAUAUUUAAAGCACUAAACCAACAGCGAAACGGAACAGAAACAGCAACAAAAUAUAUCAAUAUGCAUCUUUGUGAAACCAAGUUAAAACACAACUUUAUUCAAUGAAUUUACCCUCUAAGGGCAAGAAGAUCAGUUAGAUUUUUUUUUUUUUUUUUGAAAAAAAAAAAAAAAGUUUCAAGUUGAGUUGAAACUUGUGAACCAUUAUUUUGUGUUGUUCAAAACCCUUUUGUCUGUAUUGUACAUAUUGUAUAUGUUUAAAUCCUGUAAUAUUUAUAUGCUGAAAAUUUCCAAAAUGUGAAAUGAAGCUCCCGUCUCUGCCAUUUUAAAAUGGUGUUUUAACACCUUUCUGCAGCCUAGGGCUGUGACUUUAUAUUUUAGUUUUGAAUGUAUAUAAUACACAAACACAGUUCUUCAUAAAAUCCAUCAGAUUUGUUUGAUGAAAAAUAGUGUUUCUCUGGUAUUCCCCCCCAGGUACUCCCACUUAGAAAAGCUUAUUGCAGUAAGUUGAGUACUUGGUAUCAUUAAACUACAGUAUUUCUUGUGUAACACUGAUAUAAAUGAGAAGGAAAGGGUUAAUCAUUGGGAAGAUCAUAAUUGCUUACCUCAGCUGCCCGGCCAGAACAUCUCAUCACUUAAAAACACUCUGGCCCUUGGAACUAUUCUAGUGAGCCCUGUGCCGCUAUCUUUACUUUUCCAGGCAUCCCUUGUGGCUGGAAAAAGUAUCCCUUGUGGCUGCUUUGAGGCUCCCAAACUCAAUCUUGCUCUUGUUCCAAGUUGGUGGUUGUGGGUGGCCAAAAUGCUCAACCUAAUUGUAUUAUGAGUGCAGCCCUACGCACAUCUAGGUAAGAUAAUGAACGCCCCCCCCUUUUUCAAAGUUUUAAUAUCCUAUUCAUUGGCGUCCAUAAAAUACUAAUAAGCAAAUCUACAUGCAGAUCUUUAUUUUUCUGCAUGUGUCUCCAGUUGCAGACUUGCACAAAAUAGAAAUGGAAAAAUCUUCUGGAGGAUUAAAAGAUAGGCCCAUAGGGUUCUUCCCUUUAUUACUGUAUCCACACCAUUAUUUCUUCUUAUUAAUUUGUAAAUGAUUUUGUUCUUGAUGGCUAUAUCAAUGCCCUUUUCAUUGUGACAUCCAAUCUGUGAUUUGUAUUUUCUGCUUAGAUAUGCAGGUGAAUUACAAUGUGAAACUUACUUUAUAUGUCUGUGAACGGUAUAGUGGGGAGUGUUUACAUUUUGCUGGUAGAGGUAAAUCCAGAAUUACCACAAAGGAGGUUAAAAAAUGUGGUUAAACCCCUCGAAAUAUGAUUGGAUAGAAGUUUAAAAGCUCUUUUUUUGUUUGUUUUUUUUUUUUUUAAAUAACUCUGCUUUUGUUAAACCUCUCAGUAGUACAAUUGUUAACUGUGAACAAUGUAUCAGGAUUGUAGUAACGGUCUUCUGUAAUUUCUGUUAUUUAAAACAAGAAUGUAACUUUUAUUUUCUUUCUUUCUUUCUUUCUUUCAAUGUUCAACACUGAAAAAAAGAAUGGCUAUCCUCUUUAAUACCAUGUAUUGUCAGAAAUCAAUGAAUGAACUUGAAUUUUUUAAGUGAUGACAUAUUAUUCCCAGAAGUUCCGAAUGUUUUUACUGUAUGUUCUAUGCGUAACGCGACUUAUGAGUCAAUUAGUCUGCCAGCUUAUAAUGGAAACUGUCCAUAUCAAAUAACCAAUGCAGUCAUUUCGGUUCUGACUUUGAACACUGCUCUUAUAAGCAAAUUUUGCCAACGCUAAAAGAAUUUUGCAGAAAUGAGCGAUAUCCUGCCACAUGCAAUAUGGCCAACAUGUGACCACUGGCUGCAGAUGAUUUGCUUGUUGGUAUUGCUACAGUAUUUUUGACCAAAACUGUAUUUCCUAACACUUCCUCUUAAAGCUCAAUAUUUCUGCUUUUUCAA